AUGAAGAAGGUAAAGGAGAAAAUUGAGAAGAGGAGGUCCACGAGACAGCUGAAGGCUAUGCUCCGCAAGAACUGGCUUCUCAAAAUUCGGCACCCUUUCGUCACUUGUGCAGAGAUUUUGCUCCCAACUGUUGUUAUGCUGUUGCUUAUAGCCGUAAGGCUUAGAGUUGAUACACGAGUACAUCCUCCGGAAGCAUAUAUUAGAAAAGACAUGCUUGUGGAAGUGGGGAAAAGUGAAAAGUCUGCACCUUUUGAACAAAUUUUGGAAUUGUUAUGUGCCAAGGGCGAGUAUCUGGCGUUCGCACCUGAUACGAAUGAGACGAGGAUGAUGAUUAACUUACUGUCUGUAAAAUUUCCUUUGCUUAAGAUGGCUGCCAAAGUUUUUCAUGAUGAAGAAGAGCUUGAGGCAUACAUACACUCAGAUGCUUAUGGUGCUUACGAUAAAGUGAAGAAUUGUACUAACCCAAGAAUAAAAGGAGCAAUUGUGUUUCAUUCUCAAGGGCCUCGAUUGUUUGACUAUAGUAUACGCUUGAAUCACACAUGGGCAUUUUCAGGAUUUCCUGAUGUUAAAUCCAUCAUGGACGUUAAUGGCCCUUUUCUUAAUGACUUGGAAUUAGGUGUGAACAUAAUACCAAUAAUGCAGUACAGCUUCAGUGGAUUUUUAACUCUUCAACAAGUAAUGGAUUCGUUCAUUAUAUUCGCCUCACAACAACAAAUGACAAAUUCAGACACCAAAGAGCUACAAUCACUAUCAGACUCAACUUCAUCGCUCACACAACUUGAGCUACCCUGGAUGCAGUUUAGCCCGUCUAACAUAAGACUUGCUCCGUUUCCAACUCGUGAAUACACAGAUGAUGAGUUCCAGUCAAUCGUCAAGAGCGUCAUGGGGGUUCUUUACUUGCUGGGAUUUCUCUAUCCAAUCUCUCGGUUAAUUAGUUACUCUGUCCUUGAAAAGGAACUGAAGAUCAAGGAAGGUCUCUACAUGAUGGGCCUUAGAGACAAUAUGUUCCAUCUCUCAUGGUUUUUGACAUACGCGUUGCAGUUUGCCAUUUCCUCUUUAAUCAUCACUCUUUGCACGAUGGGGACCCUUUUUAAGUACAGUGACAAGACUCUGGUGUUUGUGUACUUCUUCUGUUUUGGGCUGAGCUCAAUAACACUAUCAUUUCUGAUCUCUACAUUCUUCACACGGGCGAAAACUGCAGUUGCUGUUGGAACACUGGCUUUCCUAGCAGCAUUUUUCCCUUAUUACUCUGUAGAUGAGGAGACUGUUUCGACGUUAUUUAAGGUCUUAGCAUCUCUUCUUUCACCCACGGCUUUUGCGUUGGGAUCAAUUAACUUUGCUGACUAUGAACGGGCUCAUGUUGGACUCCGAUGGAGCAACAUCUGGCGGGAUUCCUCUGGGGUUUGCUUUUUGAUCUGUCUUCUGAUGAUUUUGCUCGACACUUUCUUGUACGGCGCUAUUGGUCUUUAUCUAGAUAAGGUCCUUAAUAAGGAAAACGAUGGAGGCUUCACUUGGAGUUUUACGUUGUUUAAGAGUUUUUGGAAGAAGAAAAAGACAAACGAAAAGUUCUCUUCCAGUUCACUUGUGAAGUUAAUUGAUAGUGAGUAUGAGGAAAAUCCUCGUCUUUCUGAAAGAGGGCCGUAUAAGCCAGCUGUGGAAGCCAUUAGUUUUGAAAUGAAGCAACAAGAACUCGAUGGGCGGUGUAUUCAGCUUAGAAAUCUGCACAAGAUGUAUGCUUCUAAGAAGGCUAGGUGCUGUGCAGUCGAUUCUUUACAGCUGACUCUGUAUGAAAAUCAAAUUCUCGCACUUCUGGGACAUAAUGGGGCUGGUAAAAGCACAACAAUGUCCAUGCUUGUCGGCCUUGUUCGUCCGACCUCUGGAGAUGCUGUAGUUUUUGGAAAGAACAUCUUAACGGACAUGGAUGAAAUACGGCAAAGUUUGGGCGUUUGUCCGCAGUAUGACAUUCUUUUUCCCGAAUUAACAGUGAAGGAGCAUUUAGAAAUAUUUGCUAACAUAAAGGGUGUGAAUGAAGAUUGCUUGGAGAAUGCUGUGAUUGAAAUGGCUGAAGAAGUGGGUUUGGCAGACAAGCUCAAUUCUCUUGUAGGGGCUCUUUCUGGAGGUAUGAGGAGAAAGUUAUCCCUUGGAAUUGCACUCAUAGGAAACAGCAAAGUUAUUGUCCUUGAUGAGCCCACAAGUGGAAUGGAUCCGUACUCAAUGCGAUUGACAUGGCAGUUGAUAAAAAGAAUACGAAAGGGAAGGAUAAUAUUACUUACUACACACUCCAUGGAUGAGGCUGAUGCACUUGGAGAUCGUAUAGCUAUCAUGGCUAAUGGUUCUCUUAAAUGUUGUGGAAGAAAUAAAAAGUUAAUACAUGACAUGAAUCUCCAUUCUGUGAGAAAGGAGGUGAAAGAAAAAUUGAAUACAAUAAAGCCACAUCCUGACCAGGAAUCAGUGACCUUCACAACCUCACACUUCAAUCCUCUGUUGACCGGUGGAGGUGGUGGUGGGCCCAUCCCGUUUGAUUUGUCCUUGCCCAUUGCGAAAGAGGUUUCAGAGCAUGUGCAUGGAGGCUGGAUUCAGAGAUAUAGAGAAACUACAUAUGAGUUUCCUGAUUCAAGGAAGGCAUUAAGUGAUGCUAUUGAAGCUGCUGGGCCGACUUUGGGCCCCACUUUACUUGCAAUGAGUCAAUAUCUCAUGUCUAGCUACAACGAAUCCUAUCAGUCGAGGUAUGGAGCUGUUGUUAUGGAUAAACAGGGUGAAGAUGGGAGUCUCGGUUAUACUAUUCUCCACAACAGUUCAUGUCAGCAUGCUGCCCCUACUUUUAUUAAUUUGAUGAAUUCAGCAUUACUCAGGUUCGCUACUCGUAAUGAGAAUAUGACGAUUCUAACACAUAAUCACCCAUUGCCAAUGACCAAGAGUCAGCUCCAGCAACGUCAUGAACGUGAAGUAAAAGCUAAGCACCAACAACUUAUAAGUGGGGUUUCCAUUUUGUCAUAUUGGGCUUCGACGUACUUUUGGGACUUCAUCAGCUUCUUAUUUUCUACAUCUUUUGCAAUUGUCCUCUUUUUCAUAUUUGGCCUGGAUCAAUUCAUUGGGAGAGAUUCUUUGUUCUCUACUGUCCUGAUGUUUUUGGGAUAUGGAUUAUCAAUAGCAUCAUCUACUUAUUGCCUCACAUUUUUCUUUUCUGAACAUAGCAUGGCACAGAAUGUUGUCCUCUUAGUCCACUUUUUCACUGGGCUAAUUCUUAUGGUUAUAUCCUUCAUAAUGGGACUUCUCGAGUCAACAAGAAAAGCCAAUUCUCUUCUGAAGAACUUCUUCAGGUUAUCACCUGGGUUUUGCUUUGCCGAUGGAUUAGCUUCAUUAGCUCUUUUGCGACAGGGAAUGAAAAAAGGAUCGGGUGAUAGUGUUUUUGACUGGAAUGUCACUGGUGCCUCUAUCUGUUAUCUGGCAGCUGAGGGCAUGAUUUACUUUCUCGUGACACUCGCUUUAGAAUUUCUUCUGCCGUACAAGAUAAAUUUUGCAAGGUUUUUCAACUUCUGGAGGAGUGAAUGUAAAAAACUUUAUCACCCACUUUCCAGUAGCUCUUUAGAGCCUCUUAUUAGUACAUCCUCUCGAAAUGCCGAUCUUGAAGAGGAUAUUGACGUGCAAGCGGAAAGAGAUCGAGUAAUAUCAGGUGGAGUUGGCAGUGCAAUUUUGUACCUGAAUAAUCUUCGAAAGGUUUUUCCCGGUGGGAAGCACAUCGGUUCGAAAGUUGCGGUUCAAUCGCUGACUUUCUCGGUUCAAGAAGGAGAAUGCUUCGGUUUUCUUGGAACCAAUGGAGCGGGAAAAACAACCACUCUAUCAAUGCUGUCUGGAGAAGAGCACCCAAGUGAUGGAACUGCAUACAUUUUUGGUAAAGACAUCAAAUCAAACCCAAAGGCUGCUCGUCAGCAUAUUGGGUAUUGCCCUCAAUUUGAUGCCUUGCUCGAAUACCUCACUGUUCGGGAACAUCUUGAGCUCUAUGCUAGAAUCAAAGGAGUCCAAGAAUAUCAGCUUGAACAUGUUGUCAUGGAGAAGCUAGUCGAGUUUGACUUGUUGAAACACGCUGAUAAACCAUCUUACGCCCUAAGUGGGGGAAAUAAGCGUAAAUUAUCCGUUGCCAUUGCAAUGAUUGGUGAUCCUCCACUUGUCAUUCUUGACGAACCAUCAACCGGAAUGGAUCCUAUCGCGAAAAGAUUCAUGUGGGAAGUCAUAUCACGUUUAUCUACCCGAAGAGGAAAAACGGCUGUUAUUCUAACAACCCACAGCAUGAACGAAGCUCAGGCCCUCUGCACCAGGAUUGGGAUAAUGGUUGGAGGAAAGCUAAGAUGCAUCGGAAGUCCUCAGCAUCUGAAAAACAGAUUUGGCAACCAUCUUGAGCUAGAAGUCAAGCCUAAUGAAGUAAGCUUGUUGGAUUUAGAAGCAAUGUGUGAGACAAUCCAGGAGAGAUUCUUCGAGAUUCCUCGUCAACCGCGAAGCAUUCUAAAUGACCUGGAAAUUUGCAUAGGUGGCAGCACAUCAGCCGAAAAGGCGGUCGAGAUUAACUUGUCGAGCGAGAUUCUUUUUACGAUUGGGCGGUGGCUCGGCAGUGAAGAAAGAGUGGAAAACCUUUUAUCUUCGACAACCGACUGUGGGGCAUUUGGCGAAAAGCUUUCGGAGCAACUAAUUCGCGAUGGUGGUAUUCAGCUUCCGGUAUUUGCUGAAUGGUGGUUAACCGAAGAAAAAUUUGCAGCUAUUCAUUCGUUUAUUCAAUCUUCUUUUCCCGGUGCUACAUAUCAAGGCUGUGAUGGGUUGAGCGUUAAAUAUCAGCUGCCAUACAGUGAAGACCUUUCACUUGCUGAUGUUUUCGGGCACAUGGAAAGGAACAGAAAUGCACUUGGUAUAUCAGAGUAUAGCAUCAGCCAAUCUACUCUCGAGACAAUAUUCAACCAUUUCGCAACUUGUUCGUGA